AUUCUAUAUAACGUGAGUUUGUAGUCAGGCAAGCAAGUUAGGCCGUAAUACCCAUUUCAUCGGUCGCUGAGACGCUUUCUUUCUUGUUUAAUAUGUUAUUCACGAUAAGCGUUCGGUUGACGUGGGAUUAAGUCCACGUAAACAUGGCUGACCGUAAGAAGAAACUGAAAAAAAGUAGUUCAGAUAAUGAAAAACCCACAAAGGAAGAAUAUGCCAUUGCUAAGCAUCUUCGAUUUGCAUGUCCGGUCAAGGAAGCAAAGUUUGUUCCGAUGCAGAACAUGGUCAAAUGUUUCUUUGGAAAUCAGGCAAUUGACACUUUGAUGGAUUCAAAAUGGGCGAAAUCCUCCAAGAGUGAAAUUCAGUUUACGGACAGAAAAUCAUGUGUUCAUUUCUUGGAAAGGUUAAUGGUGAAAGGACUAUUUCAUCGAGCCACAAAAAUAGAAAGAGGCAAAAAAGACAAAGAUAAAAUACGAAAGAAAAAGAGAGAGGAAGAAACAGAGGAUGAUAAGGACAAGAAAAGCAAAAAGGAGAAAAAAAAGAUAAAGGAGAAAGAUGCUAAAGAUUCAGAUGCAGACAAACCAGACACUCCAGAGGACAAGAAGGUGGAAGAGAAAGAUAAGAAGAAAGAUGAACCAAAGAAGGAGGAAGAAAAGAAAAAGAAAGAAAGGAAACUAAGAUUAGACAUGGCAGAUGAACAACGUUUCAUUGACGGGGAUGGGAUAUAUGUAUGGAUAUAUGAUCCAGUGCCGAUGUCCACCUUUCUCAUCGGACUCUUAAUGGUGCUGGGGGCUGCCCUGCUCUGUGUGUUUCCUCUGUGGCCAGACUGGUUGAGGGUGGCUGUAUACUACAUCAGUUUGGUGGGAGCCAGUUUUGUUGGCUUUAUUCUGUUGUUGGCUGUCAUUCGAGGCAUUCUGUUUUGUGUUCUGUGGGUUUUGACUCUGGGCAAAGUGCAUCUUUGGAUUCUACCUAAUCUAACAGAAGAUGUGGGAUUCUUUGACUCAUUCAAGCCAUUAUAUACAUACAAAGUGAUGAACAAGGAGGAGCAGGAAAAAGAGAAAAAGAAGAAAGAAGAAAAGAGAAAAAAGAAAAAGAAACGAGAGGAAGAGGGUGGUGAUUCGGAGAGUGAGAUAAAUGAUAAGAAUGAGGACCAAGGUGAGGCACAAGAGGGCCAUGGUGAGGUUCAAGAGGGCCAUGGUGAGGAAGAGGCUCAGAAUGGGGACCAGGAGUUUGAAAUGGUACAGAGGGAGGAGCUUGAAGAAGAAGACCAGGAAGGGGAGAGCUCAGAGGAAGGGGAGGGAAGUGAGGAAGAGGACAAAAAGACUAAGUGAGAGCUGAACUGUAAAGUGUAUAUUGUCAAAGGCUAGCAGAAAUCUCCAUGGAGACACAUGGAUUAGGAGGAGCUUGAAGUUUAUGAUAUGUUAACUAUACUUUUUGAAAUUCAAAGAAACUUCUUUACAUAAGGUAAUUGGUGAUUUCAGACUUCUAUUUUACUUUUAAAAUUCCUGAAUGCAUUUUUGAAAAUCAAGGCUUGUAUGUCAGUGUAUAAAAAUUCUGUUGCAUUAAGUGGGAUUCAGCAUAUUUAGAAUUUUAUUUUUUAAAAAUGAUGUUAUUUGUUUAGAUUGUGACUUUUCUAGUCUGUUAACAGCUUAUACAUGUGUAAGGGGGUGCCUGUUAACACAUACUGUUAUAAAGAAAAAAACUGCCAUUGUUUUGGAUUAUCCAGUGGAUGAUAUCUACAUUGUGAAGCUUGAAUCUUCUCAGUUAUAUUUGGUACAGCUUCCAGUGGAUAUUCUUGUUUUUAUUACUUGUCAUCAAUAAAGUUGAUUUCUGGCAAAUUUUGAAA